CGGGCAGCGCGGGACCCAGUACUAUGGCUGUGUACUGCUAUGCACUCAACAGCCUGGUGAUCAUGAAUAGCGCCAACCAGGUGAAGAGCGGCGGCGCCCCCCGGCCCAGCAGCAGCGAGACGCCCCCGCCGCCGCCGGGGAGCGCCGUGUUGAGCCCCGGCAGCGUUUUCAGCCCUGGGAGAGACUCCUCUUUCCUCUUCCCCCCAACCGAGUCGCUGUCGCCCGAGGAGCCCGGGAGCCCCGGGAGCUGGAGGAGUGGCCGGCGCAGGCUGAAUAGUAGCAGCGGCAGUGGCGGCAGCAGCAGCAGCGUGGGCAGCCCGAGUUGGGCGGGUCGCCUGAGAGGGGCCGGGCAGCAGGUGGUGACCGCCCGUUCCCUCUCCCCUCCGGGGCCGGAGGAGGCCCAGAGGAAGCUGCGAAUCCUGCAGCGCGAGCUGCAGAACGUGCAGGUGAACCAGAAAGUGGGCAUGUUCGAGGCGCACAUCCAGGCGCAGAGCUCCGCCAUUCAAGCGCCCCGCAGCCCGCGUCUGGGCAGGGCGCGUUCGCCCUCCCCGUGCCCCUUCCGCAGCAGCAGUCAGCCCCCAGGAAGGGUCCUGGCUCCGAGCGAGGAACGGAGGACCAAGUCCUGGGGGGAGCAAUGUCCAGAGACCUCAGAGGCCGACUUCAGGAGGAGCGCGAGGGCGCCCGGCCUGAGCCUCUCCAAGGACAAAGAGGCAGCGGCACCUUUGCCCUGCCCGGCCUCCCCGUCGGGAUCCCGGGCUCAGGGUGCAGCCUCGGUGAGAACUGAGAAGGGUGUUGUCCCUGCCAGACCCCACUGUGGCUCCCCCGUAGCCAUGGACAUUGACACAAGGGUCUCCCCUCUUUUGGAAACAAAGAGCUGCCAAGCUCCCUCGUUGGGACUGGUCGGAGCGAACUCCGUGGUGGUCACAGAAGUGGCAGCGAGAGCUACAUCCACUGGGCCACACCAUCCACACGGCCCUGCCCCCGUGGAGCUGUCUGAGAGGCCCCGGGAGCUUGGGGGGGUGCAUCCCUGGUCACAGCCCCCGGCCCUGGUGGAGGGUAAGGGUCAGUCUCUGGGCCGUGAGACGAGCCCUGCCCCGGAGAGGGGUGGGCCUCGCGGUGGAGAGCCCCCUGGGAAGGUGGGGAAAGGAAACCCGCCCUGUGGCAUGCCCGGCUCCGGGGAGCCUGAAGCCUGCGAAAGGCCAGAGGAGAGGACUGUGGACGCGCAAAGCUCGGAGCCCUCUGAGGGCCCCAGUUGGUUCAGGCCGUCAGGAGACCUGGGCUUGGUAGGACCUGAGGUGACCCAGAGUGGGGCGCCAGUGGCCCCGGAGCCUCCGCAGCGUUCCCACAAAGUGGAUGAAGGGUCUGCGACGCUGGGCUUGGGAGGGGGCAGCCGCUCAGCCCAGCCAGGCACAGGGAAGGGGGAGCACGGAAUCCCCGCGGGGGAAACGCUGGAACCUUUGCCCUGUUGGGAAGCAGCAAAAGAUGUGAAAGAACCUCAGUGCCUUCCUGGGGACAGGGUGGGUGUACAGCCUGGGAGCUCCAGGGCAUGGCUGGACCCCAUGGAGGAAGCCCGUCUGGCCUGGACGUGUGGCACUGGGGUACAAUCCCAGGGGACUUGGGGAAGCCCACCGCGGGACAGAGCCACCCACUCCAGCCCAGAGCUGCUCUCCCCGGAUCAGAAGGACAAGGCUUUCCCGAGGGAGGCCUGCAGCCCCAGCAAUAUACCUGCCGUCAUCAUUACAGACAUGGGUGCCCAGGAGGAUGGGGUCUUGGAGGAGGCACAGGGCAGCCCCCUGGGCAUCCUGCCCCUGAGGAAACUGUCUUCUUCCUCUGCCUCCUCCACUGGCUUCUCCUCCUCCUAUGAGGACUCCGAGGAGGACAUCUCCAGCGACCCUGAGCGCUGCCUGGACCCCAACUCCGCCUUCCUGCAUACCCUGGACCAGCAGAAGCCCAGAGUGAGCAAAUCAUGGAGGAAAAUAAAAAACAUGGUGCACUGGUCUCCCUUUGUCAUGUCCUUCAAGAAGAAGUACCCCUGGAUCCAGCUGGCAGGACAUGCAGGGAGCUUCAAGGCGGCCGCCAACGGCCGGAUCCUGAAGAAGCACUGCGAGUCCGAGCAGCGCUGCCUCGACCGGCUCAUGGCCGACGUGCUGAAGCCCUACGUGCCGGCCUAUCACGGGGACGUGGUGAAGGACGGGGAGCGCUACAACCAGAUGGACGACCUGCUGGCCGAUUUCGACUCGCCCUGCGUGAUGGACUGCAAGAUGGGCGUGAGGACCUACCUGGAAGAGGAGCUCACCAAGGCCCGGAAGAAGCCCAGCCUCCGGAAGGACAUGUACCAGAAGAUGAUCGAGGUGGACCCUGAGGCCCCCACCGAGGAGGAGAAAGCCCAGCGGGCGGUGACCAAGCCGCGGUACAUGCAGUGGAGGGAGACCAUCAGCUCCACGGCCACCCUCGGGUUCAGGAUUGAAGGCAUCAAGAAAGAAGAUGGCUCCGUGAACCGGGACUUCAAGAAGACCAAAACGCGGGAGCAGGUCAUCGAGGCCUUCAAAGAAUUCACUAAAGGAAACCGGAACAUCCUGAUCGCCUACCGGGACCGGCUGAAGGACAUCCGGGCCACCCUCGAAGUUUCUCCCUUCUUCAAGGGCCAUGAGGUCAUCGGCAGCUCUCUCCUCUUCAUCCACGACAAGAAGGAACAGGCCAAGGUGUGGAUGAUCGACUUUGGGAAGACCACACCCCUGCCCGAGGGCCAGACCCUGAAGCACGACAUCCCGUGGCAGGAAGGGAACCGGGAGGAUGGCUACCUCUCGGGCCUGAACAACCUCAUCGACAUCCUGACGGAAAUGUGCCCAGGCCCAGGGGACCCUCUAGCCUGAGGCCGCCCCAUGCCCGCCUCACCGCGCCCCCGGCCUCUUUCCUCCCCCUUUCCUUCUUCUAAACUUUUUCUUUCACUGCUGCCUGGGUGCGAGCCCCAGAACUGACCCUCCCAAACUGCACUACAGGACACUUUGUAGAAGAGGAGACGAGAUUUUCGUUAUUUCCCUAAUUGAAGGGCUUUGGCACUGGGGCUUCCACUUCUCUCUGUAAAUAGGACCUCCUUCUAGAAGCGCAAUGCCCAAGCCAGGCUCCGCUGCCUGCAGGGGAGGUCAGUUGGGUUUAGAUCCGGAUGGAGGCUGGGGUGGCCCUGGGGUCCAGCCCCCAACCUCUGGGUGGGCUCCUGUGGGGGCCUUCUGCCCCCUGGUGGUCAGUUCUGUUAGUGCACUGCCCUUCCUUCCCCCCUGGCAGGGGCUGUGAGAGCCCACGUUUCAGCAGGCUCCUGGUGCCAGGCUUUCUUGUGGUUGGGGCACAAAAUCGCUGGGAACAACAUGUUGGGCCUGAGUAAAGCGCCCUCUGAUUAGCAGCCCAGGGGGCCUGGGAUGUGUGGUGGCCUUUAUAGGCCCUUUACAGCCUGGUAUUGAAAUCCUCCAGCUCUGGGCCAGACCCAGGCGCCAGGAGAAGGCCGGAGCCGACCUGGCUGUGUUCUCUGAUGUUGGCCUCUGCAGUUGGGCGCAGGCAGGAGCUGUGUUCUUCCAUCGGUGAUUAUCGCCCAUGGAUUGAGGGACUCUGCAAACCUGAGCUCCCAGAGCUGCAGCCCACCCCAGAGUCACUUAUGCCUCUCACUCUCCACCUUGGCCUUGCUGUGACAAGGCCCGGGGCUGCGUGGGAGUGGGCCAGGGCACACGCAGCCCCCAGGGGAAGAAAGACAGAAUCUCCAUAGGACACUCCUCUCACACGCCCUCACGCCUCCCACCUCCCUGGUGACACUUGGUGGCCCUGCCUGCACACCAAGGGUUCUUUUAUGAGGUCUGGAGUCCCCAGCAGUUACAGGCAGGGCUUUAGCCAGCCCUGGGCAGGGAGGAAGCUGGCUUACUGGCAUCAGUUAUUUUCUCCCCUGAAAUAAGUCUUAUGGCCUGAAGGCCUCAGACCCGUGUUUUCCAGUGUGGCGUGGGCAGCUUCCAGGGCACAUGAUGGAUGCCAGGGUGUUCCAGGCAUCUCUUUCUAGAGUCUCUAGGUUGCUUGAAGAUUCGUGGGGACCCAAUUGUGAGCCUUAUUCUAAUUGUAAAGCAAGUAAUUAUUAUUAUUAUUGAGAAGAAUGUGAAAUUUCCAUGAUUUUUAAAGAGAAUUCUGGCUAUGGCCAUUUAGAACUGUGCCCCUAGGUGUCCCCCUUUGUUGUCGGAGGAGAGUUGGGGACCAGGCCAUCAGGCACUGGGGCCAGUUGCUCCACAGGCAGCUGCUUCAGGGACACAGUGGAGACAGUGUGUGCCCAAGAGUGUGUACCUGGAGGGACCAAAUCCAGAGGGAGGGCUUCCUGGGCCAUCCCCCCCGUCACCUCAGGGUCUCUGGGGGAACUGUCAUUUCGCCCACGUGACACGUUUCCCCUUUCAUGCUGGGUUAGUGACAGUUGAUGGGGGCGGAGGGUGGGACACGAGUAUGUAUAAGUUCAGAUUUUAAAAAAGGAAAUCACUUUUCAACUUCCUGGCUCUUGUUCAAAACAGUGAACUCCUGUGUGGGCUGACUUGCUAAAGGUCACACCCCCGCCCCUGCGGAGCGCGAGAGGCCUUGUGACAGCACGUGGUCCUAGAAGGCAGGCGGCACCCAGCUGUCUUCACUUGUGGGUUAGAGGGACCCUGGUGGUCCGCGUGCAGCUCCCUGGGGGAAGGGACAUCACUAAUUUAGACGACAAGGUUCUACAACUGUGGGCUGGCCAAAAGUUACUUUUCCCCCUGUCUAUGAAAAAAGUUUGUUAAAGCAAAUUAAUGCUAUGAACAAAAAUUACAUGGGACCAGCCUCACCUACUUAAGAGAAAAAACAAGCACUUUAAGCAGGCACCAGUUGUUUGCAAACGAUGUGCUAUUAGCAAAUGAUUUGUUUAUUAAAGGAGACCCAUGGGGUCUCCUACUGGCAAUUCUUUGCUUUGGGUUACAUUUACACAUGAAAGUGGCAUAAAGUGGCAUCUUUUUAGGGUUAUUCUAUUACUUAGGGGUUCGGGUUUUGUAUUUACUGUGCUAGUUCCCUUCUUCCACACAUAUUCUCUCAACCCUUUUUUCCCUUUGACCUCCCACCCCCUUGUAUGGAUCCUGGAAUGGGAUUUUCUAGAGCCCCUGCCCAGGCUGUCUGAAAGGCCUUCCCCACCCAGCCCCAGUCCAGGCAGGGACUCCUAGGGUCCUGGCCAUGCAGGUGCCAGGAGGGUAGGGGUCCUUCCUGCCCUGUCCUUGCCCCUCCACCCCUGCAUUCUUGGUGUUCAGAAUUGCUUAGCCUUCGAGGAAGGUUUCUCAACUGCUUGUCCCAGAUUUGCCUUUAGUGUCAUGUAAGAAGUUUUUAAGUUAUAUUUAUUUUGUUGGGUUUUUUUUAAUUGCACAAAACACUAAGACUGAGAGGCUGGAUUCUGUUUCUCCUCUAAAGCUAUGCCUUCCUUCUGAACUCCCUUCCCUGCUUGGUGGAAAGGGCCUGGACGCAGCCUUGGUGAUGCCCCCCCUCCCCCCAUGGACUCUUUCCUCCGUGAGCUGUAUUUAGCUUUGAGUUUCUCUGCAUCCAUCGAUCAACCCUUGUGUGUACAUAACCCAGGCCCCUUCUUGGGAAGGAGCAGAGUGUUCACCCCGAGCCAGUGCCUUUUUUGCGGAGGAGAGGACUCCCCAGAGGGUUCUCCUGCCCUCUGCACCCCUCUCCCCUUGACACCGUGGAGAAAACUGAACUGUUACAAACCCCCACACAGUGCCUGUCAGACAGACUGCAGACGCUCUGUACCUUCCCAAAUAAAGGCCCUGGAGACCACA